GGGUGAGGAUCGUUCUUAUAUCUUGAACUUGAAGGGUUAAAUAUAUAUUCAGUUUUGUACUGGAAUACAGACAUGGUUCGAAUCUAAAGAUAUAAAGAGAUUAGAGUAAUAGAAUCAGUUCUCUUUGAUUUGACUAUUCUAGAAAGCCGACAUGUGGAAAGAAAUAUUAGUGGUGUUAGUUAUUUCUUGUACAGUUGCCACCGCUUCUAAGACUGAGUGUAGGCAUGAUUCACAGUGCGGUUCAGAUGAAUGUUGUUACUACCACGAGGGGCCAUUGUUGCUUAGUAAGAAAAGACAGGUUGAUUUUAUAAAUGUCACACCGAUGCAUAUCUUUCAAGGUGGAUGGUGUGAAAAAUAUUUGAAACAAGGUGACCACUGCAAUCACCAUAACAAGAUGAAUGGUCACUGCGAAUGCGGAGCCGGUUUGAGGUGCAAUUUCAUAGCAGAUCCAACAUUGCCUCUAAUGACCCUGUCUGGGAGAAUGACAGCAGAACACAAGCGCAUGUUGUUUUUUGGUGGACAUUCUGAAUGCCAACCAAUACCUUCAUCAUAAGAAUAAAAAAAUAACGUUAUUUGUGUUACAGAUAUCUAACAAACAGUGUUUAAGGAUGUUCACCUCUUAGGAGGCAAAUUAAACUUUUUUUCUUAA